AUGUUGCAAGCUCGGAGAUUGGGACGAGAACUCCUCGUCGGGGUUCAUUCAGACGAGGAGAUUCUAGAAAACAAGGGCCCGACUGUUAUGACGCUUGCGGAACGGGUGGCUGCGGUAGAUGCGUGUCGUUGGGCAUCGAAGUCGAUUCCCCACGCUCCAUAUGUUACUUCAUUGCCUUGGAUAUCUCACUACGGCUGCUACUACGUUGUUCACGGGGAUGAUAUCACUUCCGACAGCGACGGGAACGAUUGCUAUAGGUUCGUGAAGGCUGCAGGGCGUUUCCUGGUGGUAAAGCGAACUCCCGGAAUCUCAACAACGGAUCUGGUUGGCCGUAUGCUUCUUUGUACUCGUGGCCAUUUCAUAAAGUCGUUACCAGCGUUUUUAACGGGCCAAGAAGGUGCUGGGACUCCGGAAGAACUCAAGGAGCUCGCGCAACAAUCGCUUCAAAGGAUCAAGGAUUACGCUACCGACGAAACAGGUCUUAAGCCCGGCCCAGAUGUUUGGACUUGGACAAGUUCACAGCCGGCUACCGAUGAUCAUACCUUACACCCAGAAGGAACUUUUGAUCAUUUGGUGCCUGGGAAGACCCCGAAGCCAGGACAACGGGUCGUUUAUGUUGAUGGAGGGUUCGACCUAUUCUCCUCUGGACACAUCGAGUUUCUACGCCAGGUUCAUCAAAUGGAAAAAGAAGAAGGUGACCGCCGUGGAUGGUUCUCUCCCGAGCAAGUGGCCGCGAGGUUAGAACAAUAUGGUGAAGAUUAUGAGCCUGCUUACAUUGUGGCGGGCGUUCAUGAUGAUGAAGUCAUAAACCGGUGGAAAGGCCUGAAUUAUCCUAUCAUGAACAUCUUUGAGCGCGGACUUUGCGUCCUUCAGUGUCGGUACAUUAAUGCUAUCGUAUUCGGGGCACCCUUUACCCCGUCCGAGCCGUUCCUUCGAUUGCUACCACUUGGUAUGCCCAGUGCUGUCUACCAUGCACCUACGACUUUUAUCCGUUAA